AACUUGACUGACUUGGUUCUAAAAAAUGUGUUGCUCACUGGCAUUUUGCCAUCUUAUAUGGCAGAAUUACAAUCUUUACAAAAGCUGGAUUUGAGUUUCAACAACUUAACAGGCCAAAUUCCAAGGGCUUUGUUCACUAUGAAUUCUCUCAGAGACUUGUUUCUUGGAAAUAAUAGUCUAUCAGGUUCUAUUCUCAGCCAAAAGAGUGAAACUCUUCAGACCAUAGAUUUAUCAUACAAUUUACUAUCAGGAAACUUGCCUUCUUGGGUAAACUCAUGCUUAAAACUGAACUUUGUAGCUAACAACUUCACACCUAGUAGCUCAAAUAUAAGGUGA